UUUUCUUUCUUAUUUUUCCUUUGUAUCUUCAAGUGAUGAGUUUGUAGUCCGAAUCACUUGUUCAGAUGAAAUCGACAAAGCUUCAUUUCCAACAAUUCCGAGAGAAUAAGACGAUUGAAAAAGUUUGUGUCAGGACCGUUUCCAGUCCCGGAAACAAUGAUGCCUCUUCACUCUUUGUGAGCUUGCAAGACAUUCGAGACGUGUUUCCGAAUGCUCUGCGAUUCAAGUUGAAUGGAGAUCCCAUCCCCUUUCUUAUAGAUCUUGAAGGCAACAGAAUCGAGCCUCCGCGCAUUGCAUUCUAUCCUGAUGAGGUCCUGGACGUCAUUGCAGAAGUUCCUCAGUUCUGCAACAGCAACAGCAACGCUGCCUACCAUUCGCUAGCAUCGAGAGAGUCUGAGAAAUUGACCUCUCAAGAUGUUCUUUUCACAUUAUCGACCUUGACCCAAUCUUUAACUAAGUUCUCUCAAAAUGAGAACACAAAUUUUGAAAAGAUUACGAAGAUGCUGCAAGCGGCCGAAGAGAAAGAGGAUAGGAUAAUUAAACUACAGAUGGAAGCAAAGGAGAAGGAGGAUAAGAUGAUAAAGCUGCAGUUGGAGGCUAAGGAAAAGGAGGACAAGAUGAUUCAAUUGCAAUUAGAGGCUAAGGAAAAGGAGGACAAGAUGAUCAAGCUUCAAUUGGAGGCGAGGGAGAAGGACGACAAGAUAUAUAAACUGCAAUUGGAGGCCAAAGAGAAGGACGACAAAAUGCUUAAGAUGCAGAAGGAGGCCCUGAGUUUGCAGCAUCAAGCUCUUGAUAGACUUGUCAUCCUUCAAAAGCACGCUGAAGCUAUUCUCAUCCAGAACUUUGAGCUCCACGAGUAUCCAAUCCCUCGACUAUUUAUCAUUUUACCUGUGGACCGCACCAAUUGGAACCCAAUAUAUAUCUUGAGGAACAGGUUCCGCCUUCACUUCCUUUGUGAAUGUGGAGAUCAUUCCGUCAAAGCAAACAAGAACAUUCAGAACCAAAUGCAUCUUGCCAGGCAUGAAGGAUACGAGGUCCAAAACAGCACAGAGUUCUUUCGAAAGUAUGGGAAGUACAUGAUCAUCCUUUUACGAUGGCUCAAAGUGGGAAUGUCCUUGAUCUCAGCUGCUUCUCAGACACCAGUCUCAGACCUGCUUGAUGCCGGUAUCGAUUAUUCACUCGAUUUCAUGGAAGCGCUCUCUGUUGAGCAUCCGGUUUUGAACAACCUCAAUACAAUUGAUGACUAUGAAGCACUUGAAGGGGCAGAUCUCCGACAGCUGAGCACAUUUCUCCAAAUCAACGAUGAGGACAGACAACUUGGUAACUUGUACAGGGUCACGACAGAAACAGGUCAUGUCAAAUGGGUUUGUGUCGAUCACUACCGUUCGACAUAUAGAGAGAAAGAACAAGAAGCAUUUAAAAAUGUAGUGGAAGUGAACCAUGGAAAAUAUGACCCUCACCUUGGUAAAGUAGUUAUCAAAUUGAGAUCCAGAACCAGAGCUGAGGAAUUCUUCACUACCCUGACCAAUGCAAAACAUAUUUAUGAGGUGGAUAUCACAUUCGACUGGGAUUGGGCCAAGACUGAUCUUGAGGCGCUUGAGAAUGGACUAAAGAGGUCGAGUGUAUCGAUUCUUCGCCUUGAUAUUGGAUGGUUUCAAGAAAGCAUUACCAGGAAGCUACAUUCAACAACCGCACGAUAUGAAAUACUUGCUCGCAUCAUAGGACUCCACAGAAUGAAAACAAUUCAUGUUAUAUUACCUCCGGACCUCAUAAGGCUUCCAAGUUUACCGCCCCAAAAACCGUCGCACCUCCACAAGUUGUCCUUUGAGAUGAAACCCCAAGGAAUUAGAAGUAGUGAACUUCGAGUACUUGUAAACUCACUCAAGACCAACACAACGUUGACGUAUUUAGAUUUGUAUGGAAACGGAAUUCGGAAGGAUGGGCUUCUGACGCUCUCAAAGGCACUCAAGGCCAACGCAACUUUGACCACCUUGGGCUUGGGAGACAACUCUAUUGGGAAGGGAGGAGCUCUGGCACUAUCGGAAGCUCUCAUGGUCAACACCACAUUGAUCGCUUUGGACCUGAAUAACAACAAAAUUGGGAAGGAAGGAGCUCUUUCACUCUCAGAAGCGCUCAAGUCCAACACGACUUUGACAUAUUUGGUGUUAGGACAUAACUCAAUUAAAAAUAAAGGGACUAUUGCACUGGCAGAGGCACUCAGAAUCAACACGGCUUUGAGUACCUUAAAGUUGGAAGGCAAUCUAAUUGGGGAUGAGGGGGCCGUAGCGCUCUCCGAGGCACUCGCGGUUAACACAGCUUUGAAAGCUUUAUGUUUGAACGAAAACUUAAUUGAGAAGGAAGGGGUUCUGGUACUGUCGGAGGCGCUUAAGACUAAUAUGACAUUGACUAUCUUGGACUUGGGUUUCAACAAAACUGAAAACGAAGGAGCUCUUGCGCUGUCGGAGGCACUAACAACUAAUAGGACCUUGAUCACUUUGGAUCUAUAUCACAACUCAAUUGGACAAGAAGGGAUCUUUGCUCUGUCAAAGGCACUCAAGACUAAUACGACGUUGACCAACUUGUGCUUAGAGGGCAACUCGAUUGGGAAUGAAGGAGCUCAGGCAUUGUCAAAAGCACUCAAGAUCAACACAGGCUUGAGUAAUUUGGACUUGAGGGCCAACUCUAUUCGCAAGGAAGGAGCUCUGGCAUUAUCGGAGAUGCUCAAGACCAAUAAGACUUUGACCGAAUUGAUAUUAAGCCAAAACUCGAUUGGGGAAGGAGGAGCUGUGGCACUUUCAGAGGCCCUCAAGGUCAACAGGACUUUGACCAUCUUAGACUUGUAUUAUAACUCGAUUGGGAAGAAAGGAGCUCUUGCGCUGUCAGAAGCGCUCAAGACUAAUACGACUUUGGUCACUUUGUACUUGGGGGGCAACUCGAUUGGGGAUGAAGGGGCUCUGGCGCUCUCAGAGGCACUCAAGAUCAAGACAGCUUUGACCACUUUGCACUUGUGCUCCAACGAAAUUGGAGGUGAAGGCACUCUUGCACUUUCAGAGGCGCUCAAGGCAAACGCAGCUUUGACCAUACACCCUCUGAAUGGGAUUUCAUGA